AUGGCAGAUCUGGAUACAAAACAAAUUGUUUAUGCUAUGGCCAAUCUUUGGCCAAUACCUGAAAAAGCGAAAGAAGCAAAAAAGAUUUUAUUUGAUCUGGUACCUGAAGCAAAGAAAGAUGAAGCAUGUCUUAAAUAUGAAUUACUUAACAAUAAGUAUCAUAAAUGCCAAGUUUCUCUAUAUCAAGCCUGGUCAACUGAACAAGCACUUGACGAACAUUUAAAUGGAGAACUUAUAAAAAAAGUGACUGAAGAACUUCGAAGUCUUUUAGAAAAACCAACGGAAAUUAUUCGUUAUAAAAAUAUUGCUUAA